GGCGGGGCGAUUGGCCGGAAGUCCCGCCCCAGAAACGGAAGUCCCGCCUCAGGAGCCCCGCGGGCGGCCAUGGCAGCACCUGGGCGGCUGUGGUCCACGCGCUUGCUGACGAUCGUGCGGACCCUGCCGGCGCGCCGGCCCUUGCACGACGGGCCCCCGACGCGCGACGUGCUGCUGUACGAGCACGAACGCGGCCGCUUCUUCGUGGUCCUCGGGCUCUUCUGCGCGGGCCAGGGCGUCUUCUGGGCCUCUCUGGCGGCAGCCACUUGGGCCCGACCCCCGGGCGGGGCGCCUCCCGACCGCGGGCGCUUGGACGUGCGCUCGACUCUCUGGCGCUACGGGCUGGUUGUGGGCUGCGGCGCCAUAGGUACCCUGGUACUUGGUGCAGGUCUUCUCUUCUCCCUGCGCUCUGUUCGUUCAGUGAUGCUACUGGCUGGAGGGAAGCAGGUGACCCUUACCACCCACGCCCCCUUUGGCUUGGGGGCCCAUUUCACAGUGCCCUUGAACCAAGUGUCCUGCAUGGCCCACCGGGGCGAAGUCCCUGCCAUGCUACCUCUGAAGAUCAAAGGCCGGCGCUUCUACUUCCUCUUGGACAAGGCUGGACAUUUCCCCAACACCAAACUCUUUGACAGCACUGUGGGGGCCUACCGUAGCUUGUGAAGAGACCACUGGGG